AUGCGGAGCCGCGCGGGGCCCUUCGUGGACGUGCGGCUGAAGCAGCGCGUGAAGCAGUACCUAACAAGUGGUAAAUGCGGCCAAUACGUAGACAUUGGGAUUUUAGCAUCAGAUUUACAGAAAAUCUACAGUGCAGAUUACGGACGAAGAAAAAGAAAUGCUUUCAGAAUACAAGUUGAAAAAGUGUUUGGAAUAAUCAGUAACGAAAAAGAACGUGAAGAUCUAGCAGUUUUAGAAGCUGAACAUGUGGCAAAAAGAGCAAGGCAAGGACAGGACAAAAACRAGACUGCAGGAAGUAGCACAGAUGACUCUGAUGAUGAUGAUUAUCCAGAAGAUCUAUCUACAAAUCACAUGAACAGCUCCCUGCUGACCUUAUACAAGAAGGGAAAUCCUGAUUCUGUUCUGACCRCUCCAAAAAGUGAAUCAUUGGAAACCCCUGCUUCUGCACAAGCAACAGCCCCUCGUACAAGCAGUCUGGCACCAGAGACUCGAGUUGAAACAAGGAUCUCUGAAGGUGGUUGGUUCAUUGACARAACUCCCUCUAGAAAGGAGUUCUUCACUGACCUUUCUGAGAAUGGAGAGGGAGAUGAGAAGAAACUGAUUUCUAAGAAAUCAACAGAUUUUUCUGUCUUGGAGAGUGAACAAAAGAAGACAAAAGGGAAGAGAACAAAAAGAAAAAAAGAAGAAUUUCCAGAUGUAGAUGAACAAAUUGAGUCUAUCUUGCUUAAACAGAAGGCAGUUAAAAGCAAGGGACCAGAACUUUACCACCCUUCAGUGAGGUUUGAAGAUGUUGGAGGCAAUGAUGAAACUCUUAAGGAAAUCUGCAAGAUGCUCAUUCAUGUCCGUCAUCCUGAAGUCUAUAACCACUUGGGUGUGAUCCCUCCUCGCGGUUUUCUUUUACAUGGACCACCAGGAUGUGGAAAGACACUGCUAGCACAGGCAAUUGCUGGGGAACUUGAGCUCCCAAUGCUGAAAGUAGCAGCAACAGAGAUGGUGUCUGGAGUGUCGGGGGAAUCUGAGCAGAAACUGAGAGAAUUGUUUGAACAAGCUGUGUCGAAUGCCCCGUGCGUCCUUUUCAUAGAUGAGAUUGAUGCAAUCACCCCAAAAAGAGAAGUUGCAUCGAAGGACAUGGAGCGGAGAAUCGUUGCCCAGCUUUUGACUUGCAUGGAUGACUUGAAUAACGUGGCUGCCACUGCCCAGGUUCUUGUUAUUGGAGCAACCAACAGACCUGACUCGCUGGAUCCCGCACUGAGGCGAGCUGGGAGAUUUGAUCGAGAAAUUUGUUUAGGGAUUCCAGAUGAAGCAGCAAGAGAAAAAAUUCUAAAGACCCUGUGCCGAAAACUUAAGCUCCCYGAGUCCUUUGAAUUUCGUCAUUUAGCCCAUAUGACUCCAGGUUACGUGGGGGCUGAUUUGAUGGCACUGUGUCGGGAGGCAGCUAUGUGCACAGUGAACAGAAUCCUGAUAAAAUCUGAGGAGCACAAGCGGAAAUGCAUGCCGGGUGGAGGAAACACAGCUGAAGAAAGCAUGGAAAUUGGAACAGCAGCCCUGGUGGAAGAGGAUACCAAACAUCCAGAGCUUCCCUCCAGGGAUGAAUUGCAGAGGCUUUUGGAUUUGCUGAAGCAGGAAGAUCCCUUGCCUGAGGAGCAGCUGCAAAAGCUGUACAUUGAGAUGAACGAUUUUAUUGUUGCGCUGUCGUCAGUGCAACCCUCUGCCAAGAGAGAAGGCUUUGUCACAAUUCCUGAUGUGACGUGGGCAGAUAUUGGAGCUUUGGAGGAUGUUCGAGAGGAGCUGACUAUGGCAAUACUGGCACCUGUGCGGAACCCGGAGCAGUUUAAAGCUCUGGGCCUGACUACCCCAGCUGGUGUUCUCCUUGCAGGGCCUCCUGGCUGCGGUAAAACGCUCUUAGCUAAGGCUGUGGCAAAUGAGUCUGGACUGAACUUCAUAUCUGUGAAGGGUCCUGAGCUACUGAAUAUGUAUGUUGGUGAAAGUGAACGUGCUGUACGCCAGGUAUUCCAGCGUGCCAGGAAUUCAGCCCCUUGUGUCAUAUUUUUUGAUGAAGUCGACGCUCUGUGCCCCCGGAGGUCUGACCGUGAAUCAGGAGCCAGUGUCCGAGUAGUUAACCAGUUACUCACCGAGAUGGAUGGCCUGGAGAAUCGUCAGCAAGUCUUCAUUAUGGCUGCCACCAACAGGCCAGAUAUCAUUGACCCAGCUAUCCUGCGUCCCGGUAGGCUCGAUAAAACACUCUACGUGGGUUUGCCACCACCUGAAGAUCGACUUGCUAUUUUAAAGACCAUCACCAAAGAUGGCACUCGCCCUCCACUGGACGCUGAUGUGAAUCUGGAAGAUAUUGCUUUUAGUCAGCACUGUGACUGUUACACGGGUGCAGACCUUUCCGCUUUAGUGCGUGAAGCUUCAAUUUGUGCCUUGAGACAGGAAAUGGCCCAGCAGAACAGCAAAAGCAAGACAGGUGAAAUCAAGAUUUGCCAUAAACACUUUGAAGAAGCUUUUAGGAAAGUGAAAUCCUCAGUGUCUAAAAAGGAUCAAGUAAUGUAUGAAGAACUGCGCCAGUCACUGCACAGAUGAUACAUUUGGACAGUUCCCCAGRGAGACUUGCAUUGGUGAACUUCAUAAUACCUGUGUCUGAUUUCAGAUCUUUAUAACUUUUUAAUCUGCUUCUGAAAAGAAAAAGCUGUUGUAACCUAAUGCUYUGAGCCAGCCUUCAUUUAACUACAUCCAGAAUAAGAGGUAGGAAAACAAAAAAACAAAAACAAAACCCACCCUUUUCCCUUUUUGCUUAUCACUAUUUUGACCAAAAGAUACUCAAUAUUUAGGCUUAGAUUACUUAGAUUAUGUUUGGUGCCCUUAAUCCUUCAGGGACAGAGAGGCUACCCCCUUCAGUGUGUAACUGUUCAGAUACUUGCUCUUAGCCRUAAAUGAAAACAGCUGCUCUCAGGAACAAGGAUUCAUAAGAAUUAUUCCAAGAGCAGAGCUGGGAGACUAGAUCAGGGGAGGGCCCCCCUUUUGUUAUCACACCCUUUAAUCCUGAUUUCCCAAAUAAGGGGACAUGGGAUGAUUGAGCCGGAGUAGGUUCUCAGAGUUGCUUCAACUUCCUUUUAUCUUAUCAAAAGAAGCCAGCCAGAGAUGGCAAUGUAGUCAAAGGAGGUAAAGCCUGGAAGUCUGARGAAUGUUAGUGUAUGAUUUAAGGGCAUCUAAAAAAUUCAGAGUUAUUUUGCA